AUGCCGUGCAUACCCGGCUUCGUGGGGCUGAGGCCGGGUUAUGUGGGGCUCGGACCCACUAAAAACCCCGGGGUGUACCAGUCGCGCAUGAGGGCGGGCCACGAGAAGUGUGGAAUACGUCAUGAAGUAUCGGCAAUAAUAGUCCACGAGAACUACCGCAGAUAUGACAAUGACAUAGCAUUAGUACGGACCAAGAAUCCAGUCUCCUUGGGUCCCACCAUCGCAAUUAUCAAUAUACCGCAGCAAGAAGUGAUGGUUCCCGACAACGCUACUGUCACAGUUAUUCGUUGGGGUUCUGCGGGGAAUAAAUAUAAACAAGGUGCGCUACACGAGGUGUCCAUUAAGAAGGUCAACUGGCAGCGAUGUAAGAACAUAUACUCGAAUUCUACUAAUAUUACAAUCACCGGCAAUAUGAUCUGCUGCGAUGGAGAAUUAGGAUAUAACAUGGAGCCCGCCUUUUGUACGCCUGACGUAGGUAACCCUCUCCUCUACGGAGACAAUUUGGUGGGAUUGGCGAUAUGGUUUGGGAGUUGUAGAAAUAACGAUAUCCCUCGUUUGUUCACCAGAAUAUCCAAGUAUACGAGUUGGAUCGAUAACGUGAUCAAACAGUCUACAUAUAAGGCUGACCCGCAUCCCGGCGCCAGCUCAAUGAACAAAAUUGGGGUCACGCUGUUGAUCCCCAUCUUAUAUUCAGUACUCGGCGCUUAGAAGCAAUGGAUUCAAACACGAAACGUGGAGUUUUGCGGUCUUUCAUUAUUAUUUAGACUUUAAUUUUUUUUUUAUUAUAUCUUUGCUAAAACGAGGAAUUACGCCCGCGUGAGCAAAAACAACAGCUUUAAUUGACCAUUU